GUCAGCGGACCCUCCACCACCGUGGGGAUGUGCUGGAGACCUUGGUGCUGCUCAACCCUUCCGACAAAUCCCUCUGCGAUGAGCUGCGCAACCUGAUCACGGACGUGUCGCAGCACAAGCUGCUGGUGUUCGCAGGGACAUGCGUAGGGGAGAUCCUGAGCUCCGCGGACCCCUCAGCCAAGGCCCGGCUGACCAUCAGCUGCCCCGAUUUCGGGGAGUGGAGGGACUCUGGCCUGGACCAUCACAACCUGCAGGACUUCAUCGAGCUGCGCUACAACCCAGGCUGCGUCCUGCCCGCCAUGGAGGGGCUGGAGGAGUUCAUGGAGUACCUCUCGGAGUCGCUGGAGCCCCAGUCCCCCUUUGACCUCCUGGAGCCCCCCACCAUGGUGGGCUUCCUCAAGCUCUCCAAGCCCUGCUGCUAUAUCUUCCCGGGCGGGAGAGGGGACUCAGCGUUCUUUGCCGUCAACGGUUUCAACGUCCUGGUCAACGGCGGCUCCAACCCCAAAUCGUCAUUUUGGAAGCUGGUGCGGCACCUGGACCGCAUCGACUCCAUCCUGGUGACGCACGCGGGCACCGACAGCCUGCCUGGCGUCAACAGCCUCCUGCAGCGCAAACUGGCUGAGCUGGAGGAGGACCCGUCCCAGUCCUCGCAGGGCAACGGGGACUGGGCCAAGAACCUCAUCUCCCCCGAGCUUGGCGUCGUCUUCCUCAACGCCUCCCAGAAGCUGAAGGACAUCGAGGGCAACUCGCGGGUGCUGAAGAGCUGCGACGAGGCCGCCCUGACCCUGCACUACCUGGAGAGGCUGGGGAUCCAUCCCAACCCGCUGGCACGGGACAGCGGACCCCGCGCCGAGCCCAUCGUCCUCUUCCAGAAGAUGGGAGUGGGCCGCUUGGACAUGUACGUCCUGAACCCCGUGAAGGGCACCAAGGAGCUGGAGUUCCUGCUGCAGCAGUGGUCGGGCAACAGCUACCCCAAGGAGCAGGAGCUGCCCCUGCAGUGCCUGACCUCUGUCUGCGCCCUGCUUGUCUGGCACCCUAUCAGCCCCUCCGAAAAGAUCAUCCGCGUCCUCUUCCCCGGCUGCACCCCCCAGGGCCGCAUCCUGGAGGGACUGGAGAAGGUGAAGCACCUGGAGUUCCUCAGGCACCCCGUGGUCACCAAGAAUGACUUGAAGAGGCCGCCUGCGCCCCAGCCGGAGAAGCCGCUCAAGCAGAGGAGGGCAGAGAGCAAGGAGAGCCUCAAGUCGGCUUCCAAGCUCAGCUUGGUGGACACUGGGGUGCCGGCACCCAAGGAGAGGAAGGAGGUGAAGGCAGGGACCAAGGAGAAGCCAAAGUCUCUGGGGGAGAUGGUGAAAGCGGGCUCGGAAGAGGAGAAAGCCAAGGAUACCCGGACCAAGCUGGAGUCUUCGAUGGAGAAGCUGAAGGCAGAUGCAAAGCCGAAGCUGAGCAAGGAGAAAGCGGUGCCCAAGAAGGAUCCUGUGCCCCGGAAAGAGGAGAAGAAGACACUGAAGAAGGACGAGAGCGCUGAUGCCAAGGGGGAGGCCAAGAAGGAGGUGAAGGUGGUGAAGAAGGAGGCAAAGGCCGAGACGCUGCGGAAGGACGCGAAGGAGAGCAGGGCUGAGGCCAAGGCUCCGGCUAAGACUCCGGCCCGGAAAACGCUAAAGCCCCUGGCCAAGGCUGGCAGUAUCAAGAAGCCCCCCUUGAAGAAGGAGCCGGAGAAGCCCAAGGCCAAAGCUCCUCGGGAGGUGGGGGGCAAGAAGGAGCCAGGGGCGUCAGACGGCUCCAAGUCCUCGUCCCCCGAAGACAUGGUCCCGGAGCAGGCACAAGGGGGCGCCUCGCCCAGAGGGAGGAGGAGGAAGGAGGAAUCCACAGACGAGGGCAUCACCACAGCUGAGAGUGAGCUGGAGCCCUCGCCGCUGGAGAACGGGGGGGCGCAGG